GAAUAAAUUGUAAAAAAUAAUUUUUUAAUGUCAAAUUUAACUAUAAAUUUACUUCUUGAGCUUGCACUUUUUCGUGCACUUUCUGCACAUAAAACGAACAUAUGUACACGAAAUGCAUCCUCGUUUUAAUAUAUGAAAAGCAAUCAGAAGCAUAUAAAUGCGCGUUGAAUUUAAUUCCACAAUAUGAAAGCAUAAGUGAAAAUUUUACGUUGAAAGUUAGUGAAAUUGAUAAUUACAGAUUUGUUUUGGCGUGUAAAUAAAGAAAGGAAAUUAGUGUGUUAGAUUAUACUGAGUUCAAUGCAGUGAAUGCUUCAAAAAUAAUAAAUUUAUUAAAUAUAUAAAAUUAGCAUCAAAAUUCUCUGUCAUCUGAAAACAUACGAUAUGAAAGUUAUAAAAGGAAAUUGGAAUACUCUUUUGAGCAAUUACGAGGUUCUGGAUAUCUUGCGGAACACAAAGUCUUAUAAACAGAAACCAUCAAAUCAAUUGGCGACUGUUACUUAUCAGACAAUCAAGUAUUUGGAAACCAUGCCGUGCAAGACGCAAAGUCCAGAAAUCAAGGAAUUUUUAAUAGCAAUGGAGCCUAUCAAAUUGACUAAAGCUGAAAAGCUUGCUCUUCUCAAUCUUUGUCCUACUAGACCAAUCGAAAUACAAUUGUUAGUAGAAGAAAGCGAGGAACGUCUAACAGAAGAGGAAGUUGAAACUGUGUUGCAGAUAGUUGCAAAUGUGCGUGGAGAUUAUGAAUAUAAAGAAGAAGAGACUUAAUCUAGAUCUUAACAUAACUCUUAUUUAAAUAUAUUUUAUAUGUACAUUUUAUUUUAUAAUAAAACAUGACUGGAAAUAGUAUAUUAAAUACAA